AUGUUGAAAUCGUUUGCGGGAAUCCUUGCCCUGGCAAGUCUAUCGGCGGCCCAUGGAGACCAUGAUCAAAUCCCCAUGGCAGGUCCACACAAAGACUUUUGGUACAAUACUCUACCAGGAGACGGGGGCACUCAAGCUGAUUCAGUAUUCUCUGGAAUAUCCACCUUCGGUCGCUUGCCUUAUUCCCCUUGCCUGUCCACCGAUGACGUGAAGUACGAUAUUGCUUUUCUGGGUGCUCCCUUCGAUACUGGAACCUCAUACCGACCCGGUGCACGAUUCGGACCUAGUGGUAUUAGACAAGGGUCUCGUCGUCUCAAUCUUUAUGGAGGAUAUAAUGUGCCACUUCAGGCUAAUCCAUUCUCCGGAGACAUGAAGAUCCUCGACUGCGGAGAUAUUCCAGUCACCUCGUACGACAAUGAAUGGGCCAUUCAGCAAAUCGAAGAGGGACACAAUAGUGUGUUGAUGCGCAGGCCCUACACGGACGCAGAUAAAGCAGGCCUUUCUACCGCUGGCAAGACUCUUCCUCGCGUUAUCACGCUAGGAGGAGAUCACACUAUAACCCUACCCCUGCUGCGGAGCAUCAACAGAGCCUAUGGCCCUGUUACUGUGAUACACUUUGAUAGCCAUCUUGACUCGUGGAAGCCAAAGGUUUUUGGCGGUUCUCCAAGUGAGGUUGCCGCCGUCAACCAUGGAACCUACUUUUAUCAUGCUGCCAUGGAAGGCUUGCUGAAGAACGACACCAACAUCCAUGCCGGUAUUCGCACAACUGUCUCUGGGCCAUCCGACUAUGAGAACGAUGGUUAUUGUGGAUUUGAAAUUGUCGAAGCCCGAGAAAUUGACACAAUCGGUACCGGUGGUAUUAUCAAAAAGAUCCGAGACCGUGUUGGCACCGAGAACCCCGUCUACCUCUCUAUCGAUAUUGAUUCCAUCGACCCUGCCUUCGCGCCGGCAACUGGUACCCCCGAGACUGGCGGUUGGUCCACUCGUGAGCUGAGAACCAUCAUUCGUGGUCUUGAUGGGAUUAACUUCAUUGGUGCCGACAUCGUCGAGGUCGCACCUGCAUAUGAUACUAAUGCGGAGCUGACUACUAUGGCUGCUGCCGAUGUGUUGUUUGAGGUCCUCACUAUCAUGACAAAGAAGGGCCCUCUUUCUGUCGGUGGCACAAAUCAUGAGCUGUAA